CAGGGUGACACUAUCGUGAGAUACGCCACUCGCAACCUCAGUCGAUCACGGACAAUGUUGACCUGUAAGUGAAUGCUGGAUCAAAAGACGUGGACAAAGAAGCGUCUCGAUCCUUUAUAGCAGAUAUGCGAAGAAAUUAUUUACGGGGUCCGCUGUCGCAACAGCCUGUCUUUUAGUGCCACGAUCAUCUAAAAGAUGAUCAGGACUCAUCAACCGCGAGGCGCCUUUUGGAACUGUCCUUCAACCUUUCAGCAGUGCGAAAAUUAUCGAUCGAUUGAUCUGGACGACUCGGAAUUCUCUUGGUUGCAUGACUACGCCCCUAUAAAGUGCAGCAGAGCAUCACAUUUGGACAGAGAGGUCAAGCGACGUCGGGUGAAGAAGCUUGCGGAAGAGUUUCUCGAUGGAAAGACUUUAAGCAUAGCGUCUGUCAGGCCCGUGUACGGAUUCACAACAGACCUUGAGAUCACUGGAGGGAGUCUAGCCUGGGCGGAUGUGCUCAACGAUCGGGAGAUUCUCGACCUUUAUGCCAGUGAGCAAAGACUAGUCGACCCCGAUAUUGUGCAGAGUAGUGUUGAAGAUCGCGCACUUGAUAGUCGCGUCAUUGUGGAAGUUCAGGCGAGCUGCCGUCCUCGGACAACGCCCAUACGAAAUCGGCCUCUGGACCUGCCGAGCAAGGAAGCCUUACGCUUAGCUGCAGAACUGUGGGGGCGUGGCAGAGAAAAGAAUGUCAUCUGCGAGACGCAGGUCGUCCAUCAGAGCGAAUCGGACGGGGACGAGUCGGACGAUAAAUGCAUAUCAUCUGCGUCCGCAGAGAGUUCUCGAGUCGUGCGCCCUACUGCUGCCUGGACAAGCAGCAAGUGGCUGGAGACUGGUGCUUUCGUGCCUCGACGGAAAGGAGUGGAUGAGGAUUGCAGCAAAGAUGAGCUCGGGGCGUCAUCCUUCACGCUGCCAUCGCAACGAGCCCGUGGUUUGUUGGCAGCUGAACCUGCUCGAGACGACCGCAAUCAGUCUGCGAGUUCCGCAACCACUGUUUUCUCCGAUGAUGCCAACAAGGUCUUGCCUGAUGUUGUUGUGUCUCUCAUAGGGCAGUCGCUGAUACCGCCAAGCCAAGCAGACGUUGUGUCUGGGACGACUGCCAGUGCUGAUGAAAGCGGCUCUACCGAAGGUGCAACCAGUUAUAAAAACUACCGCAAAGAUGGAGGAUCCCCAUCUUCCAUGCGUGGCAGCUUACGUUCGGCACGACGUAGUGAUACUCAAGCCUCUAGAAGCAAAUCAUCGGUACGAGAACAGUCAUUUGCAGCUCCUGUGGGCGCCGCUUUCUCCCAUGAACAGUCUUUGAAUCUGUCAGACAAUUUGUCGAAGGGACCCCAUUCGGUGUCUUUACAAGCAGCAACAGGUACGCAUGUGGAUCAAGCAAUCACACGUCGUCAAUCAGCACCGCUAGGACCUGCACCGGGCUUGAUUGUCGAUCAUACUCGUAGAGGCUCCCGAGGGCAAUACAACACUGUCGUGGGAUCUGAUUCAUCUCCGUUUGCAUUUCGCAAGCGCUUGUCAAGAAGGAGAACAAAAGAAGAGCGGCUGUCGAUUCAUGCUCAGGUCGUCACAACGCUGCUUCCUACACCAUCCGUUCCAAUCGCACUCGACCUCGUAGCAGAAGUUGCGGCCGAUCCGGAACAGAACAUCGUCCCAUCAACGCCCAGCAAAGCCUCCGAGCACCAAACUUGGACGCCUCUAGCUGAUCAACAAAUGAAUCGCGUGCUACCAACGGGAUCUUCAGAGCAGAAAUUGAAGGAGCUGUUACGUGACGAGAUGGAGUCAGCCGGUGCCAUUUUCACCAGUCUUGAGGAGAACGAGGUUUCAACGGCUUUACUGCCAAAAAGGCGUGUUGUUGAUCAUGAUUCAUUGCUAGUUACAGAGCUCAACGAUGCGCAGCCAAGGGCCAUACGCAGAGAUGCACAAGAGUCGCAACAUUGGGCAGGUACACAGAUCCUCCUUGCCAAAGCCCAGCAGGAUUUGUUCACAUCUCCCGAUAAGCUAUACUUCGAGUCUCAGCUGAAGAAUAGCUCUCAAACGCCAAGACCGCAGACAAGCAGCGGUACAUCUAAAAAGAAGAGCGCUCGACGUCCAUUGUUGCCGCUCUCACAGGGUCAUAUACCGAGUACUCAAGCACUGCUAGAUACGUGGCAAGGCUGGUCUACGAUCAAGAAGCCUCAUACUGCUUCAAUGUCAAAUCGAAAGAGCCUAAUGCAUGAGUCGCCCAGUCUCGGAAAGGCGGGAAAACUUCCAACGAUUUCCAAUAAGAGCGACGGAGGUGAUCGUCGACGCAGUAGUCUACGCGUUACGACUCUCGUACACUCAAGCUGGUUAGGAAGCCCACCAACCUCAAUAGUUGCAAAAGAGCCUGUUGUACAGGCGACUGGCAUACAUCCUGCCCCUCAGGGCGAAGCCGUCAUUCCCACGGCCUCUUUUGUGCCGACAAGCUUUCUCGCGGAAGCUGAGAAAUCAACAGAACCGCAACAACCAACAAAUGAUUCGGCUGGUACCGAUCUACUUCUUCCUAGCGGCAGGGAGACACAAGAGGCGAGCUUUGAUCGGUCUGAGCUCGAUUUUACCAUUACGCAAUUGGCGGAGGAGGUACUAGGGCCAGCGUGUUCAAUAUCGUUUUGAAGGAUGUCCAGGCGGGCUUGUCCGAAGCAAAUGUACCGGUGAUUCCCCGGAUAGAGAUGCACGAUAUGUAUAUAAAUCAAUGCUCCAUGCUCAGGCGUAUUCAAUGCCGCUGCUUGGGUAAAUGAAUGGUAGAUGGUUGCCUCGA